AUGCCUGUGAAGUGGAUGCCUCUUCUGCUGCUCCUGCUGCAGAUGACUUGCUGCUUCAGAUCUGGGAAAGUUGUAAAGUUGUUGGUGUGGCCAAUGGAAUACAGUCACUGGCUGAAUCUAAAGAUUAUACUGGAUGAACUUGCACAGAGGGGUCAUGAAGUAACAGUUCUGAGACCUUCAGCUUCCAUCUUUCUUGAUCCCCAAAAGUCACCUGACCUGAAGUUUGAGAGUUUUCCUACAUCUCUCAGUAAAGAUGAUCUGGAUGAGGUUUUCCUAUCGCUUGUGAAUAAAUGGAUUUAUGAGAUACCAAGAGAUUCAUGUUUAUCAUACUCUCCUUUGCUACAGAAUGUGUGUGAGAGAUAUUCUGACAGUUAUCUAAGUCUUUGUAAAGACACAGUUUCAAACAAACAACUGAUGAAAAAACUACAGAAAUCCAAGUUUGAUGUCCUUUUAUCGGAUGCCAUUGCUCCCUGUGGGGAGUUGAUAGCUGAACUGCUCCAGAUCCCUUUUCUAUACAGUCUUCGCUUUUCUCCUGGCUAUACAAUGGAAAAGUACAGUGGAGGAUUGCUAGUCCCUCCCUCUUAUGAAAUGGAAGACUUUGUCCAGAGUUCUGGAGAACAUGGUGUUGUGGUGUUUUCUCUGGGGUCAAUGGUCAGCAACAUGACAGAAGAAAAGGCCAACACAAUUGCAUGGGCCCUUGCCCAGAUUCCACAAAAGGUUCUUUGGAAAUUUGAUGGCAAAACACCAGACACCUUAGGACCCAAUACAAGAAUCUUCAAAUGGCUCCCCCAGAAUGACCUUCUAGGUCAUCCAAAAACCAAAGCCUUUGUAACUCAUGGUGGAGCUAAUGGCAUCUAUGAGGCAAUUCAUUUUGGAAUCCCUAUGAUUGGCAUUCCUUUGUUUGGAGAACAACAUGAUAACAUUGCCUACAUGGUGGCCAAAGGAGCAGCUGUUGCAUUAAAUUUCAGAACAAUAACAAGGUCCGAUUUGCUCAAUGCACUGGAGGCAGUCAUAGAGAAUCCUACCUAUAAAGAGAAUGCAAUGUGGUUAUCAACCAUUCACAAUGAUCAGCCCAUGAAGCCGCUGGACAGAACCGUCUUCUGGAUUGAGUUUCUCCUGACACACAAAGGGGCCAAGCACCUGAGGCCACUUGCAUACAACCUCACCUGGUACCAGUACUACUCUCUGGAUGUGAUUGGAUUCCUACUGGCUUGGGUGGCAGUCAUAACUUUCCUUGUCAUAAAAUCCUGCUUAUUCAUUUAUCAAAAAUUUGUAAAGACAGGAAAGAAAAUGAAGAAUGAGUAG